UACAAGUCUUACCGAGAACGUUUUCCAGCUAUAUUGUUGCUCUUCAUAGUGAGAACAAAUGCAUCAUUCUAAAAUACUCUACGGCUACAAGACUUUGAUAUAUCAAAUGUGUGUGAGACUGACUUAUUCACACGUUGGUAAAUGAAGAAUGAAUUUUCUGAUUGGAAAGGUCUAUGGAUCUUUUUGUGUGUGUAGUUUCGAGCACCUCCAGUGUGUGUGUGUGUGUGUGUGUGUGUGUGUGUGUGUGUGUGUGUGUGUGUGUGUGAGCGCGCGCUCGCGCAGCGCCUCCCUCACCCCUUGUCUUUGCCUUCCCUCAGUCAAUAGGUGUGACGCGCCGAUGGGCCUCGAGGACGGCACCAUCCCCGACGCCAGCAUCACUUCCUCGGUGGCGGGCAGCUCCCCGGAGCAGGCGCGGCUGCAGGGGCCGGGGGCAUGGUGCUUCACCGUGAGCGGCGGCGCCCUCAUCACCCUGACCGUGGACUUGAGCACCACGAGGCUCGUGUCAGGGGUGAGGUUGCAGGGGCCGCCCGCCGCCCUCUACCCCACCACCUACCACUACGCCAUCGGGUUCUGGAUCAUGAACAGCACAGUGGCUGCCACCGGCCCUUGGGGCUCCUGCUGCGGGGACAAGUUUUACGCCCGGGACGAAUACGAUGAAGCGGAGGCGGUUCAGGUGCACCCGCUGGACGCCCUUGUCCUGGCGCGCUUCCUCCGCCUGCAGUUCAGAACAGACGUCCUCUCCUUCGGCAACGACACAAAGUGCCUCCGCCUAGAAAUUCUCGGGUGCCCAGUUGACGUGCAGCCCGAGAGCGCGGUGGGCGUGGUGGCGGAGCAGAGCGGCUGGCUGGUGGCGUCGUGGCAGCCGCCGGUGGUGCAGCUGCCGCAGGUGGACGGCUCGCUGGCGAACUUUACCCUCACCGCCACCGACUACCAGGUGAACAUGUCCAGGACGGGCGGCGGCGGGGAGGACACGGGCUGGCAGGCCAGCGUGCGAGCCCUGCGCUACCUGAUGGCAUCGCCGAUGUGGGGUGCUACGUACUUGGCGACGCUGGUGUGCCUGCAUCAGGACCAACCACUCGCGUGCGGCUCCGCAUCAGUCACCGCCGUCACCGACACCUGUGACGACUGCCUCAAAGAAGGCCAAGUGGUGUUCCGCGGACCGACAGUGGUGCGCGCCUGUGUGGUGGACGAGGGAGUGGUGGAGCUGACGUGGGCGGUGGACACGAGCGGCUGGGUGACCCGCAGCCUGGACCUGCUGCUGCUGGCCCGGGACGGCUCGCAGCUCGACCAGCAGAGCCUCAGCAGCGAGGACACCGUCGCCCGCCUGGCCGGGGUGACGGCCGGCAACUCGUACAUCGUCAGCUUCAACCCAAUCUCAAACGCCAAGAAGCUGGCAGAAUUUUCCUACGACAUGCACAUGAUCUCCUGGGCGAACAUCGAGGGCGCGGCGCAGAGCAACGGAUACGGCGCCUUCCUGGCAGACGUGAACCUCUCCGCCGACGUGCAGUGGAACGGAACACUCAAGCUUACCUGGAUGACGGCGCAGGUGUGCGGGAUGGCCUCAGGAGGCGCGCCUCAGACCACGGUGGUGGCCACCACUACCCCGUUACCAUCUAGUACAACCCAGCCCACGGUGGCUACUCAGACCACACAACAGAGUCAGACCACAAGCGCUCCCCAAGGAACGGACACUCCCCCAACCACGGCACCCACGUCCGCAGCACCCACGUCCGUGGCACCCACGUCCACGGUACCCACCGAGACAACCCCGCAGACCACCCCGCAGGGCACGGCUAGUGACACCACCAUGGCGCUUGACACUUCCUCUCCAGACAACUCAUCACAGACGACUCAGCCCAUGACCCUGCCACCAACAACCGCGCCGCUGCCUCCAGCACCCCCUUCCCUGCCGCCCGGCUCUCGAGCCCCCGCGACUGAUCCCCCCACCUUGCCGCCACUCACUGGCACCGUCAUGACUGCCGUCACCUACACAUUCAACAUCACCUACGGAGACGAGGUGGCGAACGAGACGGUGCAGCAGGGGGAGGGCAGCACGCCCGGCGAGCAGGUGAUGCGCAUGUACAUGACGCAGCUCAGCUUCCAAACACUCUACAAUGUCGGUCUUAUUUGCAAUUUCGGCAGGGUCUCCUACGAGUGUGGUACAAGUAGCACCUUUACAGAACUGCCUUUACACAUCCUUCAACUGGAGGGACGAGACGUGGUGCACGUUGCGCCAGAGGGACGUGCAAGUUGGGCACAACAGGAAGCGAGGUGCAAGAGGGGAGACGGCAACUUGGUCUCCCUGUCAACGCGGCAGGAAGAAACCUUACUCGUCAGAACCUUGACCAGAAACACCACGCAGCAGCCAGCCAACUUCUGGUUGGGGCUGAACCUGUGCCAGACGUACACAGGCCGAACCUGGAGUGACGGUUCCAUCUGGAGACACUCUCGCCUCUACAACCGCAACAGCCAGCUGUCCAGCACCACGUGUUGCAUCAAGGCCACCUGGGGCGCGAACCAAUACAACUGGUUCGGCGAGGUGUGCGAUGCCCUCCACCCGGCCAUCUGCGAGUACCGGCCCAACGGCUUGACGGGACGUGUGGCGUCAGUGGAGCGCGGUGACGCCAACACAACGCAGGCGAGCGUCACGUGGACCUACGAACCUAACUUCUGGAUGCCUACCGCCUUCACCAUCUCCUACUGCCCCUUCAGGAAACUCGAGAACCUCCUCACAGACCCCGGCAACGCUUCCGACGCGUGCCUUCAGUCCGUGUUGGAUGUGGACACGAGGGAGCACCAACAAACCGACCUGGCACCCUUCACCGAGUACCAAGUAACGGUGGCGCCCUCCUUCACGCCCCUCAACUACACAAACGGGGCUGGCGUCACCUACGUCCGUACUUAUCCUGACGACCCGCUGCUGGUGAGGGUGGACCGCGACGGCUUCGUCAAUAUUAUGUUUGCUCUCAAGGUGUCGGAGUUUGGGGACAAGGAGGAGGUGAGCGUGAGGCUGGCCAGCACCGACCCGUACUCCGUCGUGUCGCAGCAAAACGUGGAUGCCUCGGGUGUACGUAUGGGCGGCAUCCAGAUAGGCACCAACUACACCGUCAGCGUGCGGGAAAUGACACCGACGAGCCGAAGGGAGGCACUCACCUUCCUGGCGUUUCCACCGUGCAGGUGUACCAUGUGCCAGGUGGACGUCUGGUGCUAUGUGAACACGAAGGUACAGACAGACAUCAAACAGGCCGAGAGAGACUGCCAGCCGCUGGGAGCCGCCAUGGUCACUGUCACCUCGAGCAAGGACAUGCCACAGCUCUUACAGAUGGCCAAGGACGCCGAGGACGACCUGUGGGUGAGCUCAUCCUCCACAAGAAUUCAAUUCACAGGAAACUCCGCGGCGGGGGUAACACUGACGGACGUAGAGUGGGUCGUGAUGAACAUUAGCGGCACUCAGGACGACGGCCCGCUUUGCCUUGUGGUGUCCCAGGCAGCGCAGGGAGUGGCGGAGGAAGACUGCACCAAGACUCACAGAGCCGCCUGCAGCUACAGAGCUCCUGUGGGCCAGGCGUUCCGGGGCGUCAAGACGGACGUGGGCCCCAACUCGGCCUCGGUGACGUGGAACGCGAGCGCCUUCGGGUGGGUGCCGCGCCUCAUCUCCGUCACCUACAAAAAGACCAACGAGCGUGACCUCAGGUGGAUGCCCGUCACCUCCCAGCCAGUGGUGAUCAACGACCUGCAGCCCUUCACGAACUACACCCUCGUGCUGGAGGCCGACCUGGGCAGCGGCGUCCUGGCGACGUCGCAGGAGGUAAAAUUCUCCACGACAAACGACAGUACGGGAAGGCUGGUCUCUCCGCUGGUCCUGGGGAUGUCGCCGGUGCUGCAGUACCAGGUCAUCCAGCUGGUGUGUAACUCCCUUCUGGUAGCCGCCUGCAUCGUCACCAUGCUCCUUUUCUUCGCCACGGGAAUGUUCUACCAGGACUGCGUGGCCCAGCUGGGGUUCGAGGCCACGCUGAUGGUGGCGUACCUGGUGCUGACGAUCGCUUACCCGACCUCUGCGCAGACCAAUAGCCAGAGUGGCUGCAUCGCGGUUGCUGUGGUCCUUCACUUCCUCUUCCUGUGCGCCUUCACCUUCCUCAUGCUGGAGGCGCUCACUCUCGCACACCUGCUGGUCAUGUACAUCAAGAGUCCCUUCCAGAAGUCCAACUGGAUGAUGGUGGCGGUGGGCCUGCUGGCGCCCCUCCUGGUGGUGGCCUUCACCGCGGGCUUCGGCUACAACCAAUAUCCAGAUUUCAACGUCGGCAACUGCUGGCUGAACCCGAAUGGAGGCGCCAUGUGGGGUGAGGUGCUGCCCAUCGGCCUCCUGGUGGCGGCCACAAUAUUCCUGUUGGCCAACACCUUCUUCACGCAGCAGACGCCGCCCGUGCUGGUCGAGGAGAACCAUCGCGGCAGACAAAGCGACAGUCACAAGCUCCGCUGGGUGGUGCUCGCCUUGUGUAUCGAGUUGCUGGUGGCCUGGAGCACCGGGGUGGUCGGCUACCAGUCAGGGGACCAGGGCACCUACGUGUUCUUCUGCGUCAUGACCCUCGUGAUCGCCAUCACCAUCGCGGGAGCCAGAACUUCCUUUGACGAUACGUUCCGAAGCAAGAUCAACCGUUUGUGCUGCGGGACGGAGCUCACCUACAAGCGCAGCGACUUGCUGGGCAUCAGCGCGCGCUCUCGUAUCACGCCGACGCGCUCGGCAGAGGACGUGUCCAGGGUGAUCACGCCGGUGGGAAGCCAACCUGGCCACGGAGUCCCGGCAGGCAGCAGAGUCACCUCCGCGGCCGGCGCACUCUCGUCCAGGCUGGGACGAAUGACUCCGGCGGACGAGGGGACCCGUUCUGCCUUGGGACGUCUCACCCCUUCUGAGGCAGCACCCACCCCAGCAAACGGCAGAGCGACUCCGGCAGUAGGCAUGACCGUCUUUACAGUAAGGAGCAGCACGCCGCCCUUGUGCCGCCCGGCCGUCAAGAAACGCCCCAUUACCAACAAUGAAGAUCAACAGCUAUCCCAGCGGGAGGCAGACAUUGUUGUUUAGCGCCGCCCCAUCAGCCCGGGGGUCCCCACCCACGGGGCACCAACACGUGCUGGUGAAUUAAUAUCUAAGCUCCUCACUGAGAGACCCAGUUCGGCAUCUUUAUAAUAUGAAAGUUGUGCACAGCCCCUAGUGCCUGAGGCGCGAGGACGAGGCACAGUGCAGAACUACUGGUGCUCUCCUUGCAAGCAGCGGCAGAAAAUUCGUGCACCCUGGCGCUACUCCCACCAGCUGCUCCCUCCAGCCGUCCGCCGCCCCAAGCCUGCAACCGUCACUCAGUUAGGUUGGGGCGGCGCAGCGACGCCCCUUUCAAACACAGCUGUAGUGCUGGCGGUCAUUCACCACCCGUGACGUCACCCAGACCGCCGCCCGUGACGUCAAAAUAUCCAUUUUCUUUGGUAUAUUUGAAGGUAAACUCGUCUCCGGACUGUGUAGGCGACAACCAACAGGGGCGUGCACACUCACGAGGCGAAUAAAAUAAACAACCAGAAAAAGAACAAGGAUAAUGGAUAUAUGAAGGAGUUAUAUGCAUUUUUAAUAUUCAUCCAUCUGUAUACAAGAGGGUUGGCAAAGUACAGGCAGUGACAUUGCGGGGAAGUGCUGUACAUCAAGGUGGGGACAGAAGGUUGCUUCCUUCCAAGGAGCAUGUACUGCAUUUCUACAUUGCUAAAAACUCGAAUCUCGCUGACAUAUUUACUUUGAAGAAUUUCUGCACCUGCAUGAGGUGAUCUAAGCCAAUAAGAUGAUCUAUGAACGAAGGGUCAUCCAUGGCAAGUACAAGCACCGCAGGGCCCCUAACGCGGGCCAAACAUGGGGAAACAAACAACGGACUACAGACAGCUGAGUAGGAAAUCGUCACGAGCCUUACUGUUGGCAAGGCUACUAGGCUUGUCUUGAUCUUGCUGCUCGGUACAGUUGUACUCAUAUUUUUCAAGUAGGGACCAUAGAACUCUGUUCCCUAUGUAUAGAUUUGACCACGAACAAACAAACAAGCAAGAUGAAAAGCAUGCAGACCUAUUGUUAACACAGCGUCUCUGAGUGGACGAGGGCGGGUGGUGACGACGUGGGAGUGUCAGGCACACAAGGACGUGUUGAUGUAACGCCCAGUGACCUGACCACCAACAGCAGUGCCCAGACAUCCCCACUCAAUAAUGAAACAAGAAUUUUAUCCUCAGUAUCCUAUCUGGCAUGAAAAGAAAAGCAAGAGCAAAGUCUAUCAAGGAAAUUACAGUAACAGACUAAUGAAAGUAUUCUAAUGCUUGGAAGGUUACUGGCUCACCGUUUUCACGCGACGGUUCGUCGUGCAGUGCUGGCCCGUCCUAGGAAACCUGGAAAAGCCGGGUUCCCACUGUUCCGAUUUUACGGUUCCGUCGACGUUAAUGACGUUAAAAUGACGUGACAAAAAUGGUGGACGCUCGGUACUGAGGAGAUGGGAUCCGUCACGACGCUUGCUGACAAAUAAAGCAUGGACCCCCAUAGACGACAACGACUUCUUGAUUGCUGCCUUGUACUGGCUACUUGGUCAGAAGGCAGCCAGCUAGAAGAGGGCGAAGGUUCUGGCCACGCCAACAGUUAUUUCAAACCUUAAAAUUAUUAUUAAAUGCUACAGAUCAUUACAUGUGGAAUGGCAGGACAACCACACUCGCAGACAACUCAUCAUACACAUACAAGGGAGCUGUGGUAAAACCCAGUCCAAGGCAGGCUGUGGUCUGCUCUGGUAGACAGCUGAUGAACAACUAAAACAACAACUGAUUGAAUUCUCAACCAUCUGUCUGCUUAUUGAAGUCGCCCCCUGUUCACAUUACCAUUUUGGUCUACGUGGGGAACUGAAAUAGUUCGCAAAUGACCCCCGGAUGUUCUCUGCAGCAGCAGAAUACAUACGUAUAUUUGCCCCCAAUCUCCCUGCCACACCCAUGAGUUUGUUUACACCUGCGUGCAGCUGUGUGUGUUGUUGCCACACUUCCAAUUCUCAACGAAAAUUAUUUAUCAACACACGUACUAGACGUACAUUCUCAACAAAAAGUUCUCGAACACCUAGGCACGAUGGAUGUGAAGAGUAAACGAUCGCAGCUAGGCGCCUCUGAAUGGCUGGUAUCCCUGACUGUGAUGACGCAUCUGAAUCCAUUACUGUAUAUGAUACGUUUCGAUCCUGUGUUGAUUUGAUGGUCGCAGUAAGUCAUGCUCACAUUAGUCUCAGUGGAGACCCCACAAGACAGGCGCAAAGUCAUUAUUAUCCUUCACACUGAAGGCCUCAGUUAUCUCCAAACAGCACGGCGGAUUAAUGUGUCCAUCUCUACCGUAUCACUAUGGGUCAGCAGAUAUGUAGAAACAGGCCCCACUAGUGACACGCCUCGAGGCCUCGAAGCAGACUUAACAAUGUAAUCGGCGCAGGCGGUGCAUACACUCAUUUUAAAUAAAUACCUCACAUCCUCAUAUAUCUUAUGUAUACUUAAACAAGCUGUUGCAGUAUGUGGGUUACGUAUUAAUUAAGGCAGAUAUUUUAAUUUUACAUACUUUUACUGGCAAUUAUACUCAAACUACCACCUGGACUCAUCAUUCCCUCAUUUGAGUAGGAAUGACGUCAGCCACAGCAUCUAAACUGGCUGACAGUCCUAAAGCAGAAUGGGUUACAAAAUAAUUUUAUUCACUCGGUGGUACUAAAUCGGCACCAGAAUGACGUAAAUCUACAGACGAAAAAACACCCUUGUGACGGAGAAUUAUCGCCGCAACUAAUGAUUAUAAUACGGUUACUUAAGAUAUAUUAAUUUCAUCGAAAUCAAGCGACAAGGCUUAUCAGUGCGCAUGUAAUACUGGGCCAUUAGCACCUCACUCCUUCACACAGUGCAUGUGUACACAGGGCUACAACCCGUUCUACACAGGGAGAGGUGUCUCAAUAUUCCUCGUCUGUGUAUCUCAUAAUGCAUGGUGCUUAAAGUGUUCGAGAACUUUUUGUUGAGUGUACAUAAUGCAAAUAUAUGUAAAUUAUUAUUAUCUUCAAACUUAACUAUAUUAUAUUUUGUAUCCAAGUACUUCCAUUUCAUAUUUUCAUGAUAUUUAGAAUACUCAGCAUCACUGGAAGGGUCACCGUCGCCCCGAUCCCGGAUACAAAAGUUAACUUGGUUUCAUCUCUGGACGGGGCUCCGCGCGGGGCCCGGUUCCCACUGCCGUCGCCGUUGGUGACGUCAUUGACGGUCGACGAAACCGUGAAAACGGAAUAGUGGGAACCCGGCCUCAGUCAGUCUGCACAAGAAGUAAUAAGUAGGACAAGGGAUACAAGCUCAGUAAUUUAGGUGAGCAAAACAGAUGAGCUGAAACUCCCACUUUGUACAUAGUCACAAUAAAUGUAUCCAAAUAACCACCUCUUGAGUUAUCUGGCGUUACGCUUCGCUGCCUCAGUACCCCUUGACAGCCCAUCACCCGCAGGCCUGUGUCGAGUGCUCCCUUCCCUCAGUGU